AAGAAGAGCAUGUUCAGUGUGUUGUUCUCUGAACUGAACUCGGCGGUGUUUAGUGUCAUCAUAUUCAGGUAUUUUUACGGUGUUAUUCUCUCUAACCGGAGCGGAAGCAGCAGUAGCCUCGAGUGAACUGGCGGACCGACCCGCAGCGCGUCUCUGCGGGACAACAUGUACCGCGGACGGCCCGAGUUUAGAGACUACCCGCCUCCCCAUAGGCCUCAUCCGUCAGCGGGCUACCGGGAUGAGCGGCCCAGACCAAGACCUCCGUACCACCAGGACUACCCGGACUACCGGGACCACGCAGCCCAGGACCCCUACCGCCGCAGGUACUCCUCCCCCGGCUCCGGAGGCCACCGCGGCGGGGAUUUCUGGAGCGGAGCUUCGCCUCUUGAGAGAUCUCCGUCCCACCGAAGACCGACCCACAUGGACCACAAUGAGCUGGUUCACCAUGGCUCUGUCCCCGCUCCGCUCCACCAUGAAAGAGAUUACUCGCCUCGUCUCGAAUAUAAGCGCAGUAGCAGCAGGGGCCGAAGUCCAGGACGGAGCAAAAGCCGUCACCGUGGUCAGAGUCGUAGUCCAGAUCAGCGCCGUGGGAGGAGCAAGAGCCGAACCCGAGGCAAGAGCCGCAGUCCNGACCGAAGUCGGGCCAAGAGCCGUGGGAGGAGCAAGAGCCGACCCCGCAGCAAGUCUAGAUCCAGGUCCAGAUCAAAAUCCCGGAAGAGCAGAGGAAGGAGUCGCAGUCGGCAAUAUCGCAGCAGUUCGAGUUCCAGUAGCUCAAGCAUAGAGAAGACGGAUGGAAAAGGUGAUGGAUUCUUUAAAGAGCUGGAGAUGGCACGGCGCAAGAGAGAGGUGGAGGAGCUUUUGGGUCAGCCGACCAAAUCCAUCCUAAAGAAACACAACAGUUAUGAAGCCUCCCCGUCUGUUCGGAGCGCCGACUCUCCCGGGGAUCUGGACCGCACCAUGUCCCACGUGGCUGACCAGCUGCUGCAGGCUGUUAAAAUGAACGACCCGCUUGCUGUGGCUGCUGUGCUCUCAGAACUGCGGUCUGACCCGGAGAUGUCGCAGCGGGCAAACCUCAACAAUGAGAUCAAAGAAAUCCUGAACCUGCUGGGCGUGGCCGAGCCGUUGGGUGGCGUUUCAGAGAAAGCUCUAGAUGAUAUCGAUGAUGAAGAGAAGUUCUUGUACGGAGAAUUGGAGGAGCCCAAAAUCUUAGAGGCACCAGAACCAGCUCGACACAGCAGUCUUGAUCUGUAUGGCGACGUGACGGAGGACUCCCUGUACUCCGAUCCCCCCUCACAGAGCGCCGUCAGUCAGGUGCACAGCUGCCCUCCAAGCAUUUCACCUCAUCGUCAGGCCACUCCCACUGCAAGCGAGAUUAACAGAUACGUAAAUCAACCUAGCAUAAGCGCUGACCAGAACGUCACGGUUCAGGUGUCGAACCCCUCCUACCCACCAGGAAUGGAACCGUUGGACGAGAGUGAGCGCCAGGCUUUGGAGGAGUACGAGAAGAUCCAGGACCUGCUGAAAACCAUCGGGCUGGACCUGGGUGUAAACGAGAUCACCAAGAUGGCUGCCAGGACCAAGGAGCGCCUUCAUGGGAAAAAGCAGCCUCUGAAGACGCCCACACGGCGACGACGUCACUCUUCCAGCAGUUCCAACCGCAGCGGCCGUAGCCGAAGCCGGAGGCAUAGCCAGAGUGAGAGUUCAAGUAGCAGCAGCAGAAGUCGCAGUCGUGGGCGAGGCACCAAACGGGGGGCCAGCUGGAGCAGUGAGGAUCAUGAGCCCAAGAAAAGCACGGCUCCUAAAACUGCCAACGAUUGGGAGGUCAAAGAGGCAAAGAGCGAGUGGAGCACCCCCAUGAUCCCGCCGACAUCUGACCCCGCCCCCAUCCCAACUCAUACGGGCAUGCCCAUCCCUACCUACCCUCCCCCACCUCUCUCUGGCAUGAUGCCCCCUAAUUUCCCCCCUCCAGGGUACAGCCAGUAUGGAAACUAUUUACCCUACAUGCAUCAGCAGUGGCCCCCCAUGUACCCGCCCCCUAACAUGGCCCAACCUCCUCAGACCACCACCGAUGAACACCCACCACCUCUAACGUACAACAGCAAACCGAGCCCUGCGGUGGAGUCCAAAGGAGCUGCGAGAGCCGCUUGUCAGGAAGAGCAGCAGCUGCAGCGGGGUCAGGACCAGAACAUUUCCGACGAGCAGAACAAGGAGACUGAGAAACUAAAGGUUCUAGAAGAGCGGGAGAAGCUGAGGGAAGAACGGGAGGUCCGAAUGACGAAGAAAGAGUACCUGAUAAAGGAGCUGGAGCGACUCAGGAAGCAGCAGGGUGAGCUGCUGAGGAAGAAGCGCCGUGAGAAAGACGGCCAUAAGGACCCGCUCCUGCAGGAGAUAACCCGCCUACAGGAGGAGGUGAUGGCCAAGAUAUCCAAUCUCCGCAAAGAGCACGAGGCUGCUGAGAGGAAACGCAGCGAGAUUGAGAAGAUCGCGCUCAUCCUUGGCUUGAGCCCUUCAGACCGGCCCAUCAGGACCAACAAGCAGCCCAGAAACCAAAGGCAGGAGGCGGUGCCUCCCCACAUGGAAAGACUGGAGCGAGAGAGGAGCCGGGAGGAGCAGCCGGCUGCAAGCAGCUCUGUGGUAAAGCCGAUUCCAGUGGUUUCGCCAAAGGCCUUCCAGGAAAAGCUGCCCUCCAGCGCUGCUACUCCGGCUCCGCCCCCCGACCCGUUUGAAUACUACGAUGCUGGAAACCACUGGUGUAAAAGCUGUAACAUCACCUCUGGUUCCAUGUUUGACUUUUUCACUCACUUGCACGGCAAAGGGCACCGGAAGACUCUGAAUCCGUACGACCGGCCCUGGGCCUCCAGCAACACCAACACCUCUAAGAGCAGCACAGGAGAGGUCAAGCAGACCAAACCGGCCAAAGGUUCAGAGUUCCUGGUUCCGGUCAGAGGGUUCUUCUGCAUGCUGUGUAAGGAGUUUUGUGGAGACGCCAUCUGUGCAGAGCAGCAUGUGAUCACAUACAGUCAUAAUGAGAAAUACAAGGAACAAAUGAUGGAGAAUCCCCUGUAUGAACAGAGGAGGAACCUGGACAGACAGGCAGGCCUGGGUCUGGAGGCGGCUGGAAAGAAACGCAAACAUGAUGUUGAUGAUAGAGGCAGCAAAGACGGAGAGGAAAAUACUAAAACCAAAAAGGAUAAAAAGGACAAAAAGAAUGAAGGAGAGGCUGCUGAAAAGUGUGAUGUAAAGAUUAAAGUGAAAAAAGAGGAAGGGGAGCAUAGUGAGAAGCCGAGCAAAAAGAGCCUGGAGGAAGACAAGCCUUUUUCUAGCAAAAAAGAUGAGAAUGAAAGCUAUAAAUAUAGCAAAAAGGAUGAGAAGUACCGCCACAGCCGCGAGGUGGAGGACAGAAACAGCCGGUACAGAAGCGGCGGUCGAGAUGAAGAGUAUCGCUAUCAUUAUUGCAGGGAGGAUGAAAAACGAUACGACGAUCGUACAAAUUCCGGCACUAAAGACGUUGGGGACAAAUUCAAGCAUGAUAAAUUUUCUGAUACCAGAUCUAAAUAUGACCGAGAGCGAGAUGAAGGAAAGUCUAAAGCUGAAAGGGAAUCUCCCAAAUCCCUCGGGAAACCAAAUGUCAGAAAGUCUGAACCACAAUCAAAACCCCAUGAGCUGCCCAAAAUCUUCUGUGGACCCAGUCCUGCCAUGAGGGCAAAGCUCCGCAAGCAGGCUUUGGAAGCAGGCAAAGUUCAGCCCGCCACAGGCACAGGCCCUUCAAUUGGGAAGUUCACAUGGACGAAGAAAGAGAGCCAGCUUGCGAAGGAAGCUCGGCAAGUUGCAGCAGAGUUCAUCAAGGAUGAGGAAAUGGCUGCAAAGGAGCAGCAAGGUGAAGAUGAAGAUUCUCUAUCAAAGUCGAUAGCUAUUGCAAAAGAGAUUGCUGAGAAGCUGGCAGGUGAGCCACUAAAGCACCCACCUUUCUACCAGCCUGGUCAAGGACAAAUCCGGCCAAACCUUCGUGCACCUGUUGCACAGCAAAGGAAAGCUGCCUUGGCAGGAAAACCUGCGUCACUUAAUACAUUCCUAAACAUGAGACCCCAGGGCUCAGAUGGAAGUUCUCCAGGGUCUAUUCCUAGGGCCCCAUUAGGGCCACCAAAUACACAGAUGGUCCAAAGCAUACCUGGACCUCCUGUCAACAUAUCCGGACCAUGUGACCCAAUACCUACACCAGUAGUGACAAAACCAGAGCCAUUUGGCCCUAAACUCCCUCCUUCAGUGUCAAAACCGGAACCAUGUCAAGAUACUUCAGCAGGUUCUAAAUCUGAUUUAGCUGACCCAAGACCUGCACCUUCUAAAGCUAAACAAGUAUUUCUCAAACCUUCUCCGCUACAGUCGCCACCUACUCCAGUUCCGAGUAAACCUUCAACAAUUUUUCCUUUCCCAUUAAGGAAAGAAUCAUCAGAAACUAAAGCUCUUCCAUCAGAAGUUAAAGCUUCAGUUUCUCAGGCUCCUAAACUACCACUCACUUCACCAAAAGCCGCACCUUCACAACCACCAACGAUGAUCGUGUCUGACGUGGCAGCUCCUGGUGUCCCAGAAAGUGAACAGACUUGCACUGUGUUUGUCAAGCCGCCUCCUUUCAAGAAGCUGCCAGAGGUAUCUCGGAAGUCAGAAAAAUUCAAGAACAACCUUGCUGCUGCCAGGGCAGAGGACUUAAUUGAUAUGUUUUAUCGUAGCAUUGGUGAGCCAGGCCCUUCCUCUUUUUCCAAGUCAGAAACUGACAUCAAAGCUGGUAGAAGCUCUUCUUCAGCCCCUCAAAAUAAGAACCAACAACAGCCACAAAAUAAGCCCCAGCCUCAGAUUGAAUCACCAAAUAAAGCCCAAACUCAGUCCCAAAACCAGCUACAGCUCCAAGGGCAGCUUGGAUCGAAACUACAGACAGAACAAAUUCCAUGCGAUAAAACUGAAGCUCAAUCCCAAACCCAACUGCAAUCCCAAGGUAAAACCCAACCCUUGACCCCAUUGGAACCAAAAAUUCAACCGCAGACACACUCGCUACCCCAAGAUACUCCCGAAUCUCAACCCACAAAGCAACAACUUCAGACUGAUAAUAAACCACAAAUUCAGCUGCAAGCCCAAGAUAAAUCAGAACUCAAACCCCAGGAUAAAACUCAAUCACAAACCCAGUUGCAAAUCCAAGGGACAGAACUGCAACCCCAAGAUAAGCCUGAAUUCCAAACCCAGAGACAACUACAAAAGCUGAAUAAACCAGACUCUCACAUCCCCACACAGCUACAACCCCAAGAUAAACCCGACUCCCAAAGCCAGAAACAACAACAAACACCGGAAAAACCAGACUCUGACAUCCCCACACAGCUACAACCCCAAAAUAAACCCGACUCCCAAAGCCAGAAAAAAACACAAACCCUGGAUAAACCCGACUCCCAAUCCCAGAACCGACAGCAAACCCUGGAAAAUCCAGUCUCUGACAUUCCAACACUGCUACAACCCCAAAAUAAACCCGACUCCCAAAGCCAGAAAAAAACACAAACCCUGGAUAAACCCGACUCCCAAUCCCAGAACCGACAGCAAACCCUGGAAAAACCAGUCUCUGACAUCCCAACACUGCUACAACCCCAAGAUAAACCCGACUCCCAAAGCCAGAAACAACAACAAACACCGGAAAAACCAGACUCUCACAUCCCCACACAGCUACAACCCCAAGAUAAACCCAAUUCCCAACCCCUGAAACUGCUACAAGCUAAGGAUAAAACUAAAGUCCAGCAGCAGCCACACCAGGAAAAUCCCCAAAUUGCAAAUGAACCCUCAGAUAAACAUCUGGACCAAUCAACACAUCAAACAGAGCUCCAAAAGCAGUCUCGAUCUGUCCCUGACGCUCAACCUAUAUUUACAAUCCCACCACAGACCGAGUCCCAUCAAAGCUUACAAAGCCCACCAAACCAAACUGAUGCUGACAUUCAGAUCACAUCCGUUUGGUCUCUUCAAUCUCCCUCAGUUCUAUCAGCCAAGGCUGAUUGUCCUGAUGCAUCCUUUCCCAUGUUUCAAUUCGAGCAGACUACCGAGGUAUUGUCUCAAAGAGAGUCCACUGAUUCUGGGCCUGAAUCACUAAUCCCCCCACAGACUAGUCCUUCCACAAUGGAACCAAUUGUUCAAGCCUUGUCCAAACCAACUCCUCAUAUCAACGAGGUGCCUCAGUCCGAACCCCAUGCAGACCUGGAUGGAAAUUCACAUCAAGAGAAGACUCCACAACCCCAGCCUAAACCCAAACCUGGUCCAAGAACCAGAGGCAAGGGAGCACAAAUGAAGAAGACCCCUCCUGCCAAUGCACCUGUUCGUCAGACUCGCUCCCAAACAAGAUACCAGACCCGCCAGCAGCAGCAGCAAAGUGAUUCAGAACCCAAACAGGAACCAGCUGCAGUGGACCAAGGAAUGUUGGAUUUAGACGCUGAAGGUCUGGCAUGUUUUGAUCCACAGCAGGAGGCCGACACGGUCAAAGAGACUGAUCCUAUAGAGACACGGGUCACCCCAGAAUCGCUGGGUCUCCCUUCAGAUAUGACGUCCCUUGACUUUGACUACACUUUUAACUUUGAAUAAGUGUUAGGGCGGUUUGGUAGCGACACAAAGAUCUGGGUCUGGUUUAUGUACAGGAUAAACUGUUGAUAAGUUUAUUUAGGGGGUACUGAACCCCUGUGCUGUUUUAAAGACCAGAAUAAUGUAAAUAAUUCAUUGCCUUUUUGAAGGACGGUGGGUUUAAAGGCACGUCAUUAUUGUCCCCCAAAAAGCCCUCGCUGAUACCUGCUACCAUUUUGGAUCCUACUUGUCUGACUCAUUGGAGAUCUAAAAGCUCUAGAUCUAUUUAUGACUCCUGUUUUCCACCAAGAGCAAAUGUUUAUUUCCUACAGGUCUUUAUUCUGCUCGCUGUAGCUUCCUGCUCUGUGGACUUAAAUGAUUUUCAUUGUUGGAUCUUUAAACCAAGACCAGCGGCUCCUCUGUUUGUGCUUGUAACAUAUUUUAGCUGUAAUGUUUGUUUCUUUCUGCAGAGUUUUAAUAAAGGUUGGCAGAGAAUUUUCUGAAGGGUUUCUUGUC